UAGAUUUUCAUUUUUUAAUAUUUCAGAUGAAAGCCACAAUGAAACUAUGUUAAUGGACCCAUCAGCCAUGGUGGCAUCAACUAGUUCCUUUUACAUUUCUGUUGGGUGUGCCAGUGGUUUGAUUGUUAUCAUGACAGCAACAGCCACUGCAUGCUACAUUCGAAGUAAAAAAUCCUGCAGGAGUAAUUCCAAUUACAGAGGAGACUCGUCUAGAGGAGCUUCUGACCAUGGCCAAACAUUCUUGAGGGUAGACACACCAAAUAAUGCUAGUACAACAGGAAGUUAUUCUAGUUUUCGACGUCUAACCCCAUUGUCUAUCAACGUACCAGUACAAGUGAACAACUUACGAGCAUCUGAACUAACUGAACAAAUUAGUGAGAUUGAUGUUGAAAGGAAGAAUAUUGUAUUGUAUGAAAAGAUACAAGAAGGAACCUUUGGUCAAAUUUAUCGUGGAAUGCUGAUUGAAACUGACAAUGAAAUCACCAUGAAACAGAAUACUUUUGUGAAAACAGUAUCUGAUCAAGCUUCUAAAGACCAGAUAUCAUUGCUUCUUGCUGAAGGAAUGAAGAUGUAUGGGACAAAUCACAAGAAUGUAUUACCAAUCAUUGCUGUCUGCAUGGAUGAUGUGCAGCACCCUCUUCUGGUCUAUCCCUUCAUGAACCGAGGAAACCUGAAACUCUUUCUUCAGAAGUGCAAGUUUUCAGUUGAAGGCCACUGUCAUACAUUGCUAACCCAAGACCUUGUUGGCAUGGCAAUCCAGAUUGUCCAGGGAAUGAUUUAUCUAAACAAGAAGAAGAUAAUCCAUGGAGAUCUAGCUGCUAGGAAUUGUGUGGUGGAUGACAAAUUACAUGUGAAAAUUACAGACAAUGCCUUGUCACGUGAUUUAUUCCCCAAUGACUACCAUUGUCUUGGUGACAAUGAAAACAGGCCUGUAAAAUGGCUUGCAUUAGAGAGCUUACUCAAAAAAGAGUUCUCAACAGCUAGUGAUGUUUGGUCAUUUGGUGUCACUCUUUGGGAGUUGAUGACCCUUGGUCACCAGCCUUAUGUAGAAAUAGAUCCCUUUGAAAUGGGGGCAUCUCUUCGCGAUGGUUACAGGCUUUCUCAGCCAAUCAACUGUCCUGAUGAAUUGUACACUUUGAUGGCCUUCAGCUGGGCUGCUGCACCUGAGAAAAGACCAAGUUUUAUUCAGUUGCUUGUCUGUUUCCAAGACUUUUACAAUGCUCUAGGGCUAUAUGUUUGAUCUAUGUUAGCAAUUGCAGUUGGUAAAACGAUCUCUCAGGUCAACACAGAGUCAAAGAAAGGAGUAAUUUCUGUCUAUCAUCUAUUUUACAGCUUUUAUAAGAAUGAAACUCUUAGUCUUUAACAUUGUAUUCUUUGAUGUUCUAAUUAUUAAGUGCCACGAAUUUCAUGUGCAGAAAAGAAACUUUUGAACCAAAGUGAUCAGUGUCGACCUGAGGUAAUACUAUGGGUCAGACAAUGUAACAUUACAUUUUAUACCUAGGUUCAUCAAUAUUAAUCUCCAAAAGCAAGGAUACAUCUCAGUUUGUAUCUACCUUUAGAGUUUCUAAGAAAAUUGAAGUAGUCUGGUUUUAUAUUUAAACUGAAUAAUAUCACUAGAAUGACUACACAGAGACAAGUGAUAGUUUUUAUAAAACAAUAAUUACUUAAGGUAACUUAAACUUAUUAACACUAUUUCAGAUAAGAAAAACUCCAGUUUUACCUGAUUAUUGCUGUUUGACUGUCCAUUAAAAAAUCUGUACUGAACUAUAGUUUAUUUAUGUCAGGCAUUAUGUCUCACUGACUUUUAUACUGGUAUUGACCAAGCAAGUAUGUGUUUGGGUUUCAUUGUAAAUUGUUAACAGUGAAGUGGUCUUUCAUGUCGUAUUAAAUAACACAUAUUUAAGUGCUUUACUUACUGAGAGUUUCAAACAAAGUUGUUCAGAUUUACUAUUCUAAUAGACACAAUUAGUCCUGAUGAAAUAACAAGUUGCAUUCUGAUUUAAUUUGAAAGAAGAAAUGCCUUUAAAAACUCGUUUUCUUUGAAUCUUUUCAUCUAUUAGCUUUUACAUAGUAAACAUACAUUAUUUUAUCAUCAUGUAUGGGUCCACUCACUAUUUGACCAUGCAUUAUAUUUUAGAAUGGGAAUUGGGCCUUUAUUAAAAAAUGGAAAUUAAUAUAUAAAAGUAACAUAAAUGUUUUUAGUUUUAUCAAAUAAAAAAUAUAAAAUCCUUGCUUGUUUCAUAAUAUAUUUUUACUCUGAAGAAUUGUCACAAAAAUAAGGGCAUGUUGGAUUUCAAGAUAUAUCAAACUCUGUAAACACAAUAUUUUUCAGUAAUCCUUAUUUCUAAUUGUGCUGUUGUAUAUAAUUAUGUAUAUUUGUUCCCCACAGCCAUAAGAUUAAGAUAAUUCUAUUAAUUAGACCAGUUAGUAAAAUAUAGUUGAAAAUAUGAAAUGUAACCUCAAAUAGAGAAGAAAAAAGUCAUAACGUGGUCCAGUAUUUUCAUGUUGAAUCUGUUGUUGAUUAUACAUUUUAGUUGUUAAAGUUUGUUCAAGUGGCUGAGGGUGACAUCUGUUCCAAAGGUUUGAAAAUUUUUCACAUUUGUUAGAUGUGUGAAAUAUUGUUUAAAUGUAUUUAGAAGCUUUUAUGUUCACUAAAUGUUUGUAUUGAAAUGAUUGUAUAUAUACUUCAUGAAAUUCUUGUUCUUUGUUGUUUAGUAAAAAUGUCAUCAGAUGCUUAAAAAAAGCAUAUCUUGUGAAUUAGAUAUGCUUCUGGAAAAAGAUAAAAGCUCUACUUCAUUUUUCCAGUCAUAAAGCACGUGGAUCAAAAACAACUAAACUUCUGUUUAUCAUUUUUAUCUACUGGUGAUAAACUGAAAUGAUGGCUCUUGAUAAUGUGCAGUAUAGUAAUACAUAACUCUGAACCCUCGUGACCUGUGUGAUCAUUUUUUUUUUAUAGUAGUUUAAACAAAUGAGUCAUAUUUUUAAAACCUGACCAAAACAUAAAGUUAUCAUACUUGCUGAUAUCAUUCUUCCUUUCAUCAUAUAAUAAAGAACUUGCUGAAAACAAAGCCAAAACAACAACUGGAAUUCUUUUGUUCUUGUUAUACAACUUUUGUGAUUAAUAGAUUUGCUUUUUUAUUUACAAGAAAAUGUAAAAAAUACUUCAAACUGGUAUGAGAUACAUGAAGUGCUUUAUGUAAUAUGAAAUCAUAAACUAUGUUUUUGUCAUAUAUUUACUGCAUUCUGAUAUCCUAUUCCAUAACUGGUUUUCUGGUCCAAUGAGCUGUUUAGUGUUUGAAGUGAAUAAUUAAAAUUCUCUUGCCAAAAUUCUUAGGAUGGUUCUGACUGAAACACAAGUUUUAAUGCUAGUCAACGUUUAUUGAUGGUUUGUGUAUCUGUUCUUGACAGCCAAUAUAACAGCUAAUAUGUUUAUAACCAUUUGUAAAAUUUUGUACAGCUGUUUUGGUAUUUUCAUGGUGUUUCUUCUAUAGCUAUAAAACGCUCAAUGAGAUGACUUGUCCAUUGUAUGGUACUAUUAUGCCAAAUGUAUAAAUAUACAUAUAUAAAAGAUCUUUGUCAUUUUGAA